AUGACAGAGAUCCCAACCUUCCGCAACCUCUCCCUCGAGAGACAUGGGAAUGUAUUCGUUGUGACCAUGCAGAAACCCCCGGAGAACCGGUUGAACUCAUCGUAUUGCCAGGAGAUGAUCCGGGCCUAUCGCACCGUAGAAAGAAUUCUGGGAUCCGACUCAGAAGGGGCAGUAAUCACGCGGGGCAAUGAUGCUAAAUUCUGGUGCACUGGACUCGAGCUGGAUGAAUCCGAUAACAACCCAUUUGCCAAUACAGAUGGCUUCUAUCCACUCAUCCACACGAUCCUCGACUUCCCCUUUCCAACAAUCGCCCUGUUAACCGGGCACACCUUCGGCGGCGCCUGUCCACUCGCCCUGGCACAUGACUAUCGAGUCAUGAACUCCCGCCGCGGGUUUAUCUCCAUGCCCCCCGUGAACCUGGGCCUGCACUUCGACGGGAUCGGCUCGUUGCCUCGUCUCAAGCUGCGUCCGCAGGUUGCGCGCAAGAUGUUGCUUGAGGCGCAUAAGUGGACUGGGCCUGAAGCACUGCAGGACGGGAUUGUGGAUGCUGUUGCGGAGCCGGAGGAGAUGCUGAAUGUUGCUUUGGAAUUGGGGAAGAAGUGGGCGCCUAAAGCGAAGAUGGGGGUGUAUGCUUUGCUUCGUCAGGAGCUUUGGGGGGAUGCUAUUAAGAAGUUUCAGCGUAUAAGUUAUGUUCAUAGUCGGGUGACUUCGGCGCCUGCUAAGGUCAAGAUUUGA